AUGAAGUCAAACAUGCCAGUAUAUCAGCCGCUGAAACCAAAUCAUCAAUUCUCCCCCAAGCCGACAUUCAACUAUGCCUCAACGAAAGGGUCCCUUCUGGAUGACGAUGUCUGGGAGUUGUUCAGAGCUCUGCUUCUCUUGGCGCCUCUGGCCAUUGGGAGUUUUUGGUCGUGUCCCGACUUCCAUAAGCCCAACCGUAUUGUUUAUGACUAUGUCGAUGUCGGCCCGCUCCUAGUAGCUCUUCCUGAGCGCGAAGUUUAUAUAGAACUCGUAUUCAAACUAGCCUGGGAUUGUGCUAUGUAA